AUGGACAGAGGCAACACGUUUGCUGAAUUGAUUAAGAAUGGCAAGGAUAAUGCCACAAUCACAGUCUACCUGUCAAACAUCCACAAUUUGCCUGGAUUUGAAGAUGAAAUUGUAAUUCAAAAGAGACUGUAUAAUGCGCCUAAGAAAAGUGAAACUAGAAUUCGAAAAAGUGGGAAGUUUACAGUGAUCACCAAAAGUGAGUUGGAUUUGGUUACGAAGGAGAUGAAUCUGACAUUCAGCAAUCCAAUCAACUUCCUGACGCAGGACAACUCCAAGAAGAUUCUGAAUGUGACAACACCAAAUGAGCUGUAUCGAUUCUAUUACGAAGGAACUGAAUUCAAGAAUAUUGAGGAAGAGAUAGAAGAAGGAGAGGAGCGGAUUGAAAAGAUGAACGAGAAGAUGAAACAGACGGCCAGUAAGCUCGAUGAGUUCCAGAAUAAGGCAAAUGCAACCAAAAAGGUGUUGAAAUUUGUUUCGAAGGAUUUCAGAAAGGUGUUGGAAGAAUUGGAUUGGGAAGAGGAGUGGAUUGAGGUGAAAGAGAACAAAAUGAAGAUGAUAGAGCAGCAAACAAAGCUGGAUGAAGUAGUCAGACAACUGGAGGUGCUUGAUACUGAAGUCAGGAGCACAACCAUAGAUAUACCAAGGGUGGAACUCAUUGACACCAAGGAAUUUAAAACUAAACUAGCAGAGGUAACUAAUGAUUACACGGCAAUCAAAGCAGAUUAUGAGAAGUCGACAUCUGAUUUCAGACAGAGAGAACAGACGUACAAAGCAGCUAAGGCUAGAAACAAUAAGGAGGUGUUAGUUCAGAAGAUCACUAAAUUGACUGAAACAUGCGAAAGUUAUGAGAAAGAGAAGAAGAUGUUGGAGAGUGAGCAGAUGGCGAUAUUUGAUAAGGUGGAUGAAGAGAAAGAGCGAAACAAAACAGUAGAAACAAGGCGAAGAGCAAUCAGCAACACGGUUCAGGAAAUCAGAAACAAGCAAUCAGCUUUAUACAGUACCGUAUUCAAGAGGAAAUUUGAUGGUCUAAGAAGAGCACUGCGUUCUAAAAUAGAAGCAGGACACUUUAAGGAUGUCAUUAUUGGACCAAUCUGUGACUACGUGAAUCUCAAUGACAAAAAGUGGUAUAAACCAGCCUCAAUAAUUCUGAAGAAAUCAUUGGACAACUUCGUGGUAUUCAAUUCAGAAGACAAAAAUAAGCUGUUUCAGGUACUGCGAGAACAAAACGUAUUCUGCUCAAUUCUACUGCUACAAAGCAAACAGGUCAUUGAUCCAAAGAAAUUCAGUGACUAUAAGACACUUUUGGAUGUGAUUGAUGUGAAAUUUGAUAUUAUCAGAAACGUAUUAAUAACGAUGCAUGGUGCAGAAGAAACCGUUUUGAUUGAAGAAAGGUCCAAGGCGUAUGAAAUAGCACAACUUGAAGGAAACAGAAUUGGAUCAGUUUAUUUGCCAACAGGAGACAGAAUUAAGUGUGUUAGGGGAAAUAUGAGUGAUUACAGGGAAAGAGAAACAGGAAAGUAUUUCUUUGAAGACAGUGGCCUGAGAAUGGAAACACUGCUAUUGGAUCUCAAGAAGUGUGUGCAAACGAAUGAAUGGAUACAGAAAGAUAAUGAGUUGAACAAGAAGCAGGCUGAUUUAUACUUAAGAUUGAAGAAUGAGCAAAUGAAAUUGGAUGAUUGUAAAAGUGAGUUGAAGAGUUACGAUACGAUGAAAGACGAUGAUUUGGUGCAGUUGGAGAGGAAACUGGCUGUAAUGAACAAGCAGAGUGCAAGUAUGAAGAAUAAAAAAGAGAGUUUGGAACAAAUAAAGCUAGAUGCAGAGAAGCAGCUACAGGAAGCAGAAAGAGCCAAUAUUGAGGGACUUAGGAAGCAAAGAGAGGUGCAGAAUGAGCAAAUGAAAAAGCACAGACAAUAUUAUGCUGAUAAAGAACGCAUAAAUACUCAAAUAAAAAUGUAUAAACAGGCAUUAGAAAUGACCAAAAGAGCAAUUGCUAACAAGACAGAGAGCCUGCUUACGAAAGGGAGUGAAGCUGUGGACAAUCCAAGAACCAAAGAACAGGUUGAUGAGCAACGAGCAAAGACACACGGUCUGAUUAAGAGAGCAGAAGACCUGGGGACUAAGGCAGAGAUUGAAAAUGAGCUACUGGAAUUGGAAGGGGAAAAGAACAAUUUGUUGAACAUUUAUUCGAAUUUCAAGGGAUCCGUUGAGAUGACGAAGGAUGCGGUGAAGCACAGGAAGCUCAAGAGAGACGAAAUAAAGAACAAGAAAACAGUGGAAACAAUUCAGGCAUUUCGUGAAUUCACGGCCACGAGUGGAUAUGAUGGUGAAUUGGUAUUUGAUCACGUGUCUAAGAAGCUGGAUUUGAAGAUGCGAGUCCACAACAACACAGUCAAAGGAAACAAGAACACGCUUUCUGGUGGCGAGAGAUCCUUUGCAGGUGUCUGCUUCCUGUUGAGUCUCUGGAGUUCAUUCAAUUGCCCUGUGAAGAUACUGGAUGAGUUUGAUGUGUUUAUGGAUGCUGAAAACAGGAAGAAUGCAAUCAAACGCAUCUGUGAAUUUGUAAGAACCAGUCACUGUCAGAUAAUUCUGAUUACACCACUUGAAGUUGGUGAUAUUCAGAAGCAAGGCGGUGACGUACAGCGCAUUGAGAAGCGGCCCUGA